AUGUCGAACACUCGAGGCUGCCAUGGACUUAAGCCUCAACUGUAUCCAAAUGUGACUGAGUUAGAAAUAAAUGAAGGAGAACUCCUAAACAUUACGUGCACAAGCAAUAGCUAUGUUAAUUUUUAUUUCCCUACCAGUGACAAAAGGGGAAGGACCACCUCUAAGCCUCUUAUAACACCAGAAGUCAGGAGUACCCACAAGACAUUCAUAAGAUUAUCAACCGUUUUUGGAGAUACUGGCUGGUAUGGUUGUGCUGAUGAAAGCAAACAAAUAACAAGUUUGACGUACAAAAACUACAGCGACCUAAGUAUCAGUUGGGUGUACGUUUAUGUUUUCGGACUGAGCGAAAAGAUCACUUUCGACUCCAAAACUGGUUUUGUCAUUAAAGGAGCAAAUUGGGAUACGACCAGUACUUCUAGAAAAGUUUCAAAUACCGUUCGAGUAGAAGAAAAAGGAAUUCAUAAUUUAGUCAAUCUCGUAACGUCUGAGCUUAUUAUUGACAAUGUUACUUACGAUGAUAGAGGUAACUACUCUUGUAAAAUAAGAUCUUCGUUUGAUGAAGAAAAGAGUCGCGAUACUUACGUUUGCGUGUUUGAUACUAACAAACCAUACAUCAAUCUUACUUCCGACAAUCUAUAUGUAGUUUCAGAGGAUGGUAAAUCAGUGACUUUUUUGGCUUUUGUUGAUGCAUGUCCAAUACCAACUUUGGAGUGGACUCACCCUCAAGGUUAUAUAAUUCGUCCCCACUCGUGGAAAGUAAUAAUGUCCUAUUACGGAACGAUGAGCCGAUUGACUCUAUCAAACAUCGAUAAAUAUGCCACGGGAACUUUUACGCUUAGAGCUAAACAUGAUAAAAUAGUAAAGGAGUUGAAAUUUUAUCUUGAAGUUUAUGGUAAGCCAGCGGUCGAGUUUGACAAAACUUACCUUCAAUCUUACUACAGUUUUAAUAAAACUGCCAAGUUUGUUUGCCUUGCCAAUCGUUAUCCUGAGUCGAAUAUAUCGUGGAUCGUAACGGAAACGUUAAUUUACAAUAAACUACAUAACUUACAGAGAAUAAAAACAGAUGUGCAAAAUAGCAAUUUUAAACAAAAGUCAACAGUAGAACUGAAACAGUUAGUAACAUCUGGUACAAUAAAAUGCAAGGCUUGCAAUAUCUAUGGGUGUGCCUCUGCGUCAAAGGAAAUUCAAUUAACAGAUGGGGUAGCUAAUGCAUCUUUUGGAAUCAUACAACCAAAUAGAAGUUUUCAGAAAGGUGACAAUAUUUCUUUAAUAUGUGCUGCUGUAAUUAAUGAUUUCUCCAUCGUCGAGUGGUAUGAUGAUAAUCGUCAAGUGGUAGUGAGCUCCGAAAGAAUACACGUUACAUCGAAGGUAACUGAAUUUACUUACCAAGCCAUUCUCACGAUCAAUAACGCCAGUCAAUCAGAUAGAAGAAAGUACUAUUGCAAAGGAACAAACAGAUACUACGGAUAUGUUGGAUAUCCUUCGCGCAAAAUACUUACAGAGUCAUACUUUCUUAACAUCAAUGAUCCACCUACUUUUACCCUUGUAAAUUUGAACACUACAGAGAGAACAGUGAUGGCAAGGGAUUUUGAGAAUCCCCUGACAUUAUUAUGCCAUGUCUGGGGGAUUCCAACUCCUAAUAUUACGUGGUCAAAAAAUAAUGUACCUCUGAAGAGUUCAUCACAGUAUACUUUUGAAGACGGCAAUCAAAAAUUAGUUAUAAGAUAUUUUUUUGAAAAAGAUGCUGGUAAUUAUUCAUGCCAUGCUAAGAACGAUUACGGAACAGUGGAACAAUCACAAAUUAUUGUUGUGAAAGAAAAAGAGACAAAAUACAAGAUAGUUAAUGAUUUCAGUGUGGUUUUGAGCGGCAGUAAUCCAAGCAAUGAGACCAGCAUUUACUGCUCAGAGGAUCGGACAUUCGUUGGCUCAAUGGAAUUUAGUGAUGAUUUUGAUGACGAUGAUUCCCAGCCAGGUUGGCGUUCUAAUUACAAAGGGGACUACGAGAAUGAAGAUGUUGCGUUUCUCUGCACUGAGGAUCUUUUUUUAUGGGCUUAUCAAGUAGCAAAUGGUAUGGAGUACCUUUCCCAAAGAAAGGUGUUACAUUGUGACUUAGCCGCAAGAAAUAUAUUAUUGGCAGAAAAUAACAUUAUUAAGAUAUGCGACUUCGGACUGGCAAAGACAUUGUAUAAAGACCAAAACUAUAAAAAGCAACACGAAGGAAAGUUUCCUGUAAAGUGGAUGGCCAUUGAGUCCAUUAGGGACGGAGUCUUUUCAACUAUGUCAGACGUGUGGUCAUUUGGUGUAGUUCUAUGGGAACUUUUCACCCUUGCAGAAAUACCUUACUUAGGUAUAGGCUUUGAGGAGAUGUAUCAGAGAUUAGUCAGGGGAUACAGAAUGGCUCAGCCUACUUAUGCCACUGAUGCCAUGUAA